AUGGGGCUACUGUCGUACUGGGGUUCUCAUGGCACCUGCUCUGGCAGCCUAGGGAGCAUUGCCGUUCGAAUUGGGACGCCUUCAGAUGAAUGCCAAACCGUACGAGCGCUUGCUAUGAACUUACAACUUUUCGAUGUUCCGCUAUUGCGGAUUUGGCUCCCUAAAAUCGCAUUAUUCCUCUUCUUUUGUUCUGGUUUGCUGCUUACAAGACAUUGGAGAGGAUGGAAACUUGAUAUUACAACAUAUACAGUAAAUAACAGAAAACAUGUCAAGGGUAUAUCACAACGACCUACCUAUCGAACGGGCGGGAAUACUAUCGACUAUCGAUCUCUUUACUAUAAGCUCCAGAAUAUCGAAGAGCACCAAGAUAUACUCCCAGGAGCUCGGGACCUACUGAUUUCCUUGCUUGCGGACGCAAUUAAAUCAAUGGUGUACGACAAAGAUCAAGGCCAAGGGAUGCUCGGAAUACGAUCAUACACUGAUGAAAAGCUUUUCUCGUUUGUCCGGACAAGUCACCAAGGAGUAGAAGACUCCUAUCAGAGAUACAUCCAAAAAAGGAGGACUGGGAGUCCACGGGUACUGGUGCCAAGUCGAGAGCACGCCGCUGAGGUUCUGAGGCGGCUCGCACCACUUAAAUUGGUGGAUGGAGCCUGGCUAGGUCAUAUACAUGAUAUCAAUACGCCUUUCGCACACAGACACGUCACGAAGUAUUUAUGGCAGAUUCUCUCUGAGGAGCUCGGGGAUGGAGUAUUAAGCCUUCAUCAUACCUACGUCUAUAAUGAAUUGCUGAAGGAUCUGGACGUGAAAUUACCGGAACCGUAUGAGCGGGAUUUUGGUGCUGAAAUACGCAACACAAACGACAUACGGGUUUUUAAAGCGGCAGUAGUACAACUACUCAUUUCAUUGUUCCCGCAGGAAUUUUUACCUGAGAUUAUUGGGUUUAAUCUUCACUUCGAAGGGCUUAGUUUUGAGACAAUGACUUUGGCCCGUGAGCUGCAGGAGCUCAAGAUUGAUGCACAAUAUUUCCUACUUCACGUUUCUAUUGAUAAUGCACACUCCGGGCAUGCUAUGAUAGCAGCAUGUACUGUAGCCCAAUAUCUAGCACUUGUUAUGCGUGAUGAAGGGCUUGAGGCUGCAAAGAUUGCUUGGAGACGUGUUCAGGCAGGAUAUUUGUUAUCUAAACAUCUUGGGGAUGGCAUUGAGUCGGCGGUAACAGAAGAUGAGGGGGACAUUGACUACCAUGCAGAGGACAAUGACAUCCCCGGACCAUAUGAUGAGGAAGUUGUAAACCUUCUGAUUGCGAAAGCAGCAGUGGCACAGAAGAUUCAUACUGCGUGCCCUUCCAGGAUCAAUGGGAAGCCAUUGUCUGACUGGCUAAAUACCAGUAAUUUAGCAUCCGAUAGCAGCAAACUGGAUUUUAUUCGAGAAUUGAGCAACGCUGCCCCAUGGGUGGUCAGGGGCAAUCCAGAUAAGAGUAGGUUGAUCUGGGAAAUGCGUCGUGGAGGGAAAAUGUUUGGAGCUUUCACACUAAAGGAGGUGAAUCUGAUAGAACAUUGGAUAAGCUCUCUGGAUCCCCGGGCAACUGGCAAUGAUGCACAGUCUGAUUACUGGAGGUUUACUGGGCGAAGGAAAUCUCUUGAAUACCCAACUCUGACGCUAUCAUCGGACCCGUUCCUAAAUCUCGAUUAUUCUGCAUACCGUGCUCUUCCGCUUGACAAGGAUCUCGCCUAUGACCCUCUCUUAAUCAAUUUCGACAAGGACUGGCCCAAGUUUAUCUCUACGUGGUUUGCCCACAUCUCUCUCCUAGAAUCGUUUGCCACGGUUCCUUCUCGUGUAGCCACCGAAUUGGGUGCAGCCGUUACUCGCACCCUUAGGGCUCAGUAUGGCCUCAGCCCUGAGGUAGAUGGGAUACUAGGCAUGGAUGAGCUCCACCACACCGGUAGCGUCACCCCUGCUCCCGAUCUAGUCGAUAUUGGACUCGAGAUCAUGUCUUGCAAGGGUAUUACGCCUUUACCAGAAUCACUAUCGGAUAUUCUUAUACAAUUUCCGUGUGAAUUUUCAUCGAAAAUAUUAAGCGCGUCGAAAUAUCCUGUGAGGAAUGGCGAGAUCCUCUUAGCUGUGCUAGAGUGUCCAGGAUUGCUGUCCGAAAGGGAGACGACCUGUUUGAGGAUAUGUCGUGAUUUAUUGGCGGCGGAUAAAAGGAAAAUCGGGCUAUUUACCGCGGGAUAUUGGAUGGCGAGGACGGAGAUCUACAAGAAAUCAGGCCAUAGCCUGUAA